UAUGGUAACCUGGUCCUCUUGUCUCUGACCGUGGUCAUGGAGGCGGUUCUGGUGUGUUUCCUCCUGUCCACUCUGCAACAGCUCCCCUACCAGCUGGAGAUUGCCAUGCUAGCUGUGUUCUCUGUCGUCUGUCUAUAUGGAACCCUGGCAUCACUGGUCAACUGUACCUUCUGUCAGAGUGUGAUGCCCAUGGGGCCUCCACUGGUUAAGGAUGUGAAUCAGCAGCAGAAGUCCUCCCCUGCUCUGCCUUGUCCCGUGGCAGACUCCAGACUGACCAGCGGUCUUCUGAAGAUCUCCAGACUGCUGGACGACGGGGGGGUCUGUGGAAUCCCCACCGAUACAGUCUACGCCCUGGCCGCAUCCUGCAAGAACCCUCAGGCCAUCGAGAACAUCUACAACAUUAAGGACCGUCCAGCAGAGAAGCCCAUCUGUAUCUGUAUCUCCAGUGUGGAGCAGCUGGUGGCAGCCAAGCCCCCAUUCAGCUCUCUACUCUGGGAAUUCAUGAGGAACGUCUACCCUGGAGGCAUCAGCUGCAUCGUCAGCAAGGGAGACUGGCUACUCAGACUGGGUGUGGGUCCGGCCUACGACCGCGUGGGGACCAAUGAUAGCAUCAUGAUCCGAGUCCCCGACCACACCGUCACAGGACACCUGUGUGACAUCACCGGACCACUUGCCAUCACCUCAGCCAAUCCCAGUGGAGAACCCGACAGCACGCACCACGACAUGGUCAUCAGUCGGCUGGGCCAUAAGAUCCAGGGGGUUCUGUGUGACGGGGAUUCCAACGAGAUCGUAGCCUCAACGGUGGUGAACUGCCUCAAGAUAGAUGAAGGCACGAUUAGUAUCGUGAGGGAAGGCUGCGUCCCGGCGGUGAAGGUCCGACAGAUCUUUGAGAGGGUGAAGACCAGUAUGUUGUGAGGAGGACCUUUCCCUCCGUCCCUCUAUCCUCUCUUCCAUCCAGCUCCCCUCCCCCAUUCUCUCCCUCAAUCCUCUGUUGACCAAUGACGACACUCAGAUCAGAUACUGGACCCACCCACCCCAGGCCACCAUCCAAUUUGUCUCUCAAACAUGUUGAGGAACAGUUGUUACAUAUUUAUUCUGUAUGUUGUCGAUGUAAUCAUAUAUAAAUAUGUGCAUUUUAGAUUCGAUUUUCGGAUUAUAAAUAUGUUUUGUUUUGUUCUGUAUGAUUUGAUUAUGUAAAAUGAAGUGGGAACAGAAAUUAUACUCUAAUGAUGUAGUACUCUAAAUGAGGGAUUAAUGAAGGAUGAUGUAGUUCUCUAAAUGAGGGAUUAAUGAAGGAUGAUGUAGUACUCUAAAUGAGGGAUUAAUGAAGGAUGAUGUAGUACUCUAAAUGAGGGAUUAAUGAAGGAUGAUGUAGUUCUCUAAAUGAGGGAUUAAUGAAGGAUGAUGUAGUACUCUAAAUGAGGGAUUAAUGAAGGAUGAUGUAGUACUCUAAAUGAGGGAUUAAUGAAGGAUGAUGUAGUACUCUAAAUGAGGGAUUAAUGAAGGAUGAUGUAGUUCUCUAAAUGAGGAAUUAAUGAAGGAUGAUGUAGUUCUCUAAAUGAGGGAUUAAUGAAGGAUGAUGUAGUUCUCUAAAUGAGGGAUUAAUGAAGGAUGAUGUACAACUCUAAAUGAGGGAUUAAUGAAGGAUGAUGUAGUUCUCUAAAUGAGGGAUUAAUGAAGGAUGAUGUAGUUCUCUAAAUGAGGGAUUAAUGAAGGAUGAUGUAUGUGAAUGUACGAUGCUGCUGGGUAUGAAUUAAUAAUACAUUAUUGUGAAGUACUGUUUAACUGGGAAUAUAUAUAUUAUUUAAUAUGGGAGAUUGACGCAGGCCAAAUGCAUACAUGCAAAAUUGAAAAGCAUUAUUUGCUUUGGCAAUUUACUGCAAUAGAUCCAUGUACAUAGUGAAGUUAUACUUUUUUUAAAUUGUUGUAGAUCCAUGUAUAUAGUGACGUUAUACUUUCAGAAUAAAACUCUAAUUAAAUAUA